AUGACCGCCCCGCCGCCCGCCACAGCGCCGCCCAGCGCGCUGGCAACGGCCACGUCAGCUGACAGCGCAAUGGCACAUCUGCGCUCGCUGGCGGCGCCGCUCGACCGCUACCUCGCCCUGCGCGACCUCAUGACGGCGGACGCGCGGGCCUACUACUCGCUGCUGCUGUCGCACACCGAGGAGAUUCUGCCCUUUGUGUACACGAAGCUGCUGGCGUGGCGGCAGCAGGACGUGCGGGUCUCCGUCAUGACAGAUGGAGAGCGCAUCCUGGGCCUGGGGGACCUUGGCGCUAACGGCAUGGGCAUCAGCGAGGGCAAGAUUGCUCUCUACACUGUGGCGGCGGGCGUCGACCCCAGCCAGUGCCUGCCGAUAUGCAUAGAUGUUGGCACCAACAACCGCGCGCUGCUGGAGGACCCAGCUUACAAGGGGCUCAGGCAGCGGCGGCCCCCGCGGGCGGAGUUUGAUGCAUUCAUGGCAGAGGUCAUGGCGGCGCUGGCAGCGUGGCAGCCGCACAUGCUUGUGCAGUACGAGGACUUUGGCAACAGCAACGCAUUCAGGCUUCUCGACGCAUACCGCCACGAGAUGUGCGUCUUCAAUGAUGACAUCCAGGGCACCGCGAGCAUCACGCUGGCCGGGCUGCUGUCAGCCGCGCGUGCCACGGGGCGGCCCCUCAGCGAGCACCGGAUCCUGUUCCUGGGCGCCGGCGAGGCGGGCACAGGCAUCGGUGAGCUGGUGGCUCACUACAUGCACCUUCGCCACGGCACAACCCUGGAGGAGGGCCGCGGGCGCUGCUUCUACAUGGACUCCAAGGGGCUGGUGUGCGCAUCUCGGAAGGCGUCUCUGCAGCACCACAAGCUGCCGUUUGCCCACGACGUCCCCUUUUGCGCCGACCUCGAGGAAGCCAUAGAGAAGCUGCAACCAACGGCACUCAUUGGCGUCAGCACCAUCGGCGGCGCAUUCAAGGAGCGAAUUGUGCGACUCAUGUCGCAAAUCAAUGGCCGCCCCAUCAUCUUCCCGCUGUCCAACCCGACCAGCCAGUCGGAGUGCACGUUUCAGCAGGCGCUGGAAUGGAGCGACGGCCGCGUGCUGUUCGCGUCGGGGUCGCCCUUCAGCUCGCUGCGCGACAGGGCGGGUGUGCUCAGGUCCCCAGCGCAGGCCAACAACGUGUACAUCUUCCCGGCGCUUGGCUUUGCGGCGGUGGCGGUGAACGCGCAGCAGUUGACUGAUGAGAUGUUUGUGGUGGCGGCAGAGGAGCUGGCCGGCAUGACCACACUCGAUGAUGUUGAGGCGGGCAGGUUGUUCCCUCAGUUUGCGUCCAUCCGCGCUGUCAGCGCGCGGGUGUCGGCUCGGGUUGCGAGCUUCGCGGUGGCAGAGGGCUUUGGCACUUGCCCUGCGGGCGUCCGUGAUGGUGCGAGCUUGGACGAGUGGGCGGCUUACUUCAGCCGCAGCAUGUGGGGCGCGGGCGUGCCGAUUCAAAGCAAGCUCUGA